AUGGCAAGGGAUCGGGACGGCGAUACGUCGGGCGGCAACCAAUCAAAACAGCCAGCAGCAGCCUACCUCGACCUCGGCGACCAACCACAGCAGCACCUGCAACAGCAUCACCGAGCGAGGAGCCAGAAGCACGUCGUCGGAGGUGCCACAGGGGGCCGCCUGCAUGCACGGAUCCCGUCCUCGAAAGGCCUGCACAAGCACCAUGCCACGACAUCGACGACGAAGCUGAAUCGCAAACACAGCUCCCUUUCUCCCGAUCACGGAGGCGCCGCGGCCCUUGCGACCAACCAUCACCGCCGAGCGACCUCGGAGUUGAAGCUGACCUCACGAGACCCAUCAUCGGCCAAUCUCAGGAAGAACACCUCACAGACAAACCUGAAGCGCAAUCGCUCCCACGGCGAGGUUGGGAAGAAGACAAAGCCAGCGACGAACCUCCAUCGUUCUGUGUCCAACCCAGCAGUCCACAAAUUGAAAUCUUCGGGGGGGCCCAGGGUCCAAUUCAAUCUCGGGGACGAGGAUCAAGACGACGAGGAGGAUGAGGACGACUGGGUAGAUGCCAGCUCAUCUGCGUCGCCUUUACUGUCCAGGCGCGGGUCUGCUGCUCAAAGCGCAAACCCUCCGACUGCCAAAGAGCAGUCCAGGGCCGCCUCCCCUACAUCAUACGCAGCGGCCCAGCACCCUUCCGCUAGCGGGCCACAGCAGGGUGCGCAAAAGGGCGCGCAGAGCGGCGCGCAGAACAACACCACAACGGGGCGGCAAACGGGCAAUCACAGCCCCCCGCGCAACAGAUCCAGCUUAAACCAAUACAUCACGUCACGAAUACUAUCGCGGACCCCGUCACACGGCGCUCCACCCAUGAUGUCGACGGAAAACGUCUCAGUCAGGCCGCCCUCUAUACGACAACAAUCGCCGCCCGACUCGAGCCAUGGCCACAGCGAGUAUCUCUCCCAUACACCUGGCACCACAACCGAUGCCCGACCGGGCAGCAGCGGCAAGGCUGAGCUUACCUCUCGGUUCGUUGGAAAUAACAGUCAAGAGUCUGGAUCGGGAGUUGGGGGUGAAUCCUUCAUUCUGGCCGCCAACAGGCGCGGUCUUUCUCGCGCGGCAAUGAACGGCAAGGAUGACAUUGACGUGCCGAAGCGCCGGCGGUCGCUGGGGGCUCUGUCACAAAGCCGGGGCAUCGACGCGCUCAGCGCUCGGCAGGGCGCCGCCGACGACAACGGCAGCGAAGACGACGGGGAGCACACCGCCCGCAUAUCUCGCUCGCGACGCAGCGGCGAGUACGUGGUGCCGCGGGAUAUGAACAGGACGCAGCAGAAACUGAACCUGCAACGGGCAAGCUCCAGCCUAGAGCCUGCCCACCCGCAUCCCGGGAUCGGCAUAGGGCCGCCCGGGGUAGUGGCCGCCGGCGCGGGAACGCUCAUUGGCGUGCCCACCACAUACGAUUCUCGGGACCCCAGAAUCGGAAGAACACUUGAGCGGACAGGCAUGGAAUACCUCACGGUGCGCCGCCACCUGAACCCGGUCGCCCGUUCCAUCUCCCGCGUGAUGCAGCUGCCGGGCCUCGAAAACAGCCGCCGCAUCCCGCAACCGCCCGGGGGCGGGAUCGCGCGCCACGCCUCCCGGCUCUCGGAACAGUACAAUCCGAACCAGAGCCUCACCCGCGACUCGAGCAUGACAGACCUCAUCAACGACCACCACGCCCACGCCCGCUCCGGUUCCGCCGGCGGCGGCGGCGGAGCAAGAGGACGACGACCACCCACGCCGCGUAGCAGCGGUGGUGUUGGCAGCAGUGGCGGUGCGUUUUCGGCGCUGCAGAGUGUUAGUUCCAGCCUCGGUAGCACCGACGACGGCGCCAGCAGGUUGCAUGAGCGGCAUGGGCAUGGGCGUGGUGGUGGUCAUCCCACACAUCACCAGGCACAACAACAAGAACAUGGGCUGAGCGGGUCGAGUCUUGUCGACGGGGCCGAAGAUGCGGGCACGGUGGCGCUGCUGCGCAUGAUGUGGGAUAAGAAUAUGGAUCUGAGUGCGAGCCAGGACUAG